AUGUGUCAAGGCUUCUGCGGUAUCUGGUACGGUGGAAACAUUGUCUACUUCCUCCACCAGAUCAGCUUCACCAACACCCAGGCUUUCGAUUUCGGUCUCGGCGUCAACGCUAUCGGCUGGUGUGGUACAAUUUGCUCUUGGUUUAUUAUGCAGCACGUUGGUCGCCGGAAGCUGUUCGUCACCGGUCUCGGCAUCAUGUUCAUGUUGCUGAUGUUAAUUGGUUUCUUGGGUAUUCCAAGCCACGCAAGUUCGGGUCUUAGCUACGGAUCAGCUGCUCUCCUUCUUGUCUUCGUCUUCACCUAUGAUCUCACUGUUGGACAAGUAACGUACUGCCUUAUCUCCGAGAUUCCAUCUAUUCGUCUUCGAAUCAAGAGCGCAGUGCUCGCCCGGAACUGCUACACUAUUGCUAGUAUUUGCGCCAACCUCCUGAAUUCCCCCAUCCUUAAUUCUACUGGCUGGGAUCUCAAGGGCAAGAGAGGUUUCAUCUGGGCACCUUUCUGUCUUAUCUGCUUGGUGUGGUCAUUCUUCCGGUUGCCCGAGCUCAAGGGGCACACACAUACUGAACUUGAUAUAUUGUUCGAAAAGAGAAUUCCGGCUCGAAAAUUCUCCAAUUUCGAGGUUACGCCGUUCCGCUCCAACAACUUCCGAAAUUGUUUCAGACGCUGCCGCUCUCAAGGAGAUCCACUAAUAACCACUUGA